ACACACACUACAGUAUACUAUAAAACUCUGCUCACUGCCUUGCUUUGAGCAUUCGGAGUGCUCGCAAGCUUCUCAUGUGUUGAUUUAACCUGAUUGCAGGACCUUAGCCCCUCUCUCCUCUCAUCAUCGUCUGGUCUGUGCACUAAGUCAACAAGCAUGCGGGCUCUGAUUGUCUUCAGUGUUCUCGUGGCUGCUGCCUGGGCUGCACCUUCGACCUUCUCAUUUUCCCCAGCCGUGGGCUCAGGAUCUGGGACCUCUUUCACGGUUACAGGGGAGGGCCGCAUCACUGCAGUCAAGAUCUGGGAGAACUACAAUGGACACGUCCGAGGCAUUCAGCUCCGUUAUGGGUUCACAUGGUCGCAAGUUGCUGGUUAUGUAAGCGGCACCCCCCAGGAGAUUGAGCUGUUUGACGGCGAGUUCAUCGUUCAAAUCUCCGGCAAGUUUGCUCACUACAUCCAGUCUAUCAUGAUCGUCACCAGCAGAGGGCGCUGCAUCAUUGCUGGACAGCCAUCUGGAACCACCUUCAACAUGUACCCCGAACAUCCAAUGGCCGAGCUCCGGUUCCUGAGUGGACGCUUCCACGGAGGUCUCACCUCUAUCGCCACCCACUGGGCAGUGCUUCCCAUGGCCAUGAACGGCACUUCUGAUUAAAAGAAGAGAACUGAGAAGAAUGGCCCGACUUAACUGCUUGCUCGAAGCAGUAUAUCCAUCUGAAGGGAGCUUUCUUCUUGGAUCGAUUCAAUUUAUCUCAGGGAUCCCACAAGCCUGUUGGCCAUCUUUUGGAAUUUUGGAAUGACUGACACACAUCUGUCCUCAGGAAUGUGUCUGUGUUUCACGUCCAAAUGCAUAUAACAUACAGUAGCUAAAGUUGGGAAAUUGUUCUGCACUUAUUUUGUUCUCUACCUUUUCUGUUGCUAAUGGACAUGAGUGUGCACUGAGUCCAUGAAUCUGUCUUCCAUGGGGGAGCUGAGAGAUCAUCACAUGCACAUUCUGUGUGAGAAAUUCUUUCUUCUGUGAAUUUGAAAUGAAUUUUUGAAAAAUGUUCUUCUGUGAAAUUGCAUUUACAAUGAUCAUCGGCAUACUGCCAGAUUUCUUUCAAUAGGCACUCUUAUUUCCUGUGUGAGUCCACUACUCUGACUUGUAUUGGCAUAAACCCAUGCUCCAAUCGGCAAAGCUGUGAAAUUAUUAAAUUGUCAUCAAAAUAGCCUCUGUGAAUGAAUUAGGGUUAGACUUCUUAGCCCUUUCCCAGUGGAAGUGGAUGACAUUCUAUUGUACAGCUUUGUCAACUUUGUCAGUCAAGGGUCAGUUUGAUUUUAUCACAGAGUUCAUUAUAAUUAAAAAGUGAUUUAUUAAGAAGAUUAAUUAAAAUGGAGCCCAUCUGCAUCAAGGAA